CAGUACUGUGUGUGUGUGUGUGUGUGUGUGUGUGUGUGUGUUGGUUUUUGUGGUUUACAAGGACUUUUGACCUGAAUACGCACCAGCAUUACAGGGACAUUUGGGUUUAUGAGGACAGGGCCCAUGUCCUUAUAAUUCCGACAGUGUAGAUGCCUUUCUCUAUGUCCCAGAAGCUCCCUCUCAAAGUUUCGCGCCAUGUCCUAAUAUACCACAAAAAUCUGAAAUUUUACUAUACACUGUGUAUCCUCUGAGCUCGGGAGUGCGCCCCUGCAGCCCGGCCCCGGUACUGCAUCCGCGUCAUCGAAAAUUUGCAUAUUUUACACUUGUGUAAGUUUGGAGGCCGCUGAUUGGUUAGAUCGGCAUCGGAAGGCGGGAAAACAAAAUGGCGGCGGUGGGCGGGGCUACAUUCUGCCGCUAAUAGCGCCGUACAAGUAAGUUAAUGCAGUUUGGUAAUUAUUUAAACAUUUUUUGUAAUAAUUUAUCGAUUGUAUUUAAUUAUAUAAAUGCAUACUGAUCGUGCAAUUAAACAUGUUCCUUAAAUAUCAUCAUAUAAAGUAUGAAUGUGACAUCAAAGCUGUAAUUACUCGGUUUAAUAUCUGUAAAUUAAUGUAACGCUAUUAAUGUAACGUUUCAUAGAUGGUUAUUUAAAUAUAUAAUAAUUAUUAUUAUUAUAAUUAUAAAUCCCGUGUACACGUGCUUUAAUCAGCGAGGCAAGUGUGACUGUUUGUAACUUCCUGUUUGGACCGGACACAAUCUGUGCACCUGAAGCGAAGACAUCUGUGGUGUGAAGCUGUUGGAAACAACUAUUAUAUGAAAGCAGACACAGAGGAUGGCUGAAGGUGUGAGGCGAAGGAGAAAGCUGAAGCCCGUGGAGGAGGCCAUACAGUUUUCACUUGAACAGAAAGACAAGAAUGGACUCGAGGGCAGGUUCAUCAGUCAUCUUAAAGGGAGGGGUGUGUUCAGCUGUACUGACUUUGAGAAAGGAGAUUUCCUGCUGGAAUACAGAGGAGACCUCAUCAGCAAAGAAGAAUGUGAGCGGAGGCAAAGAAUAUAUCACGAUGCACUUAAAGUUUUCAUGUUUGAGUUUCGCUACAAUGGAAAACUCCUCUGUGUCGAUGCAGCCCGAGAUGACGGUUCUCUUGGGCGGCUUGUAAACGAUGACCAUAUUAACCCAAACAGCAGGAUGAAGACGAUUCGUGUGGAUGGAAAACCUCACUUAUGUUUAUUUGCCACAAGGAGCAUCUGUCCUGGUGAAGAGAUCACAUAUGAUUAUGGUGAUUCUGAGUGGCCAUGGAGAUGCACGACUCUUAGUGUGGUUGAACCGUCCACUCUUGAAGUCAACACUCUGUCCCAGUCAGAAGACACAGACGUAGAGAAGACUCUUAGUGUGGUUGAACCGUCCACUCUUGAAGUCAACACACUGUCCGAGUCAGAAGACACAGACGUAGAGAAGCUGAAAGUUGUCAGUGAUCAGUCAGUGUUGGACUCCAGUAUCUGUGCAGCCUCUGAAGGACUGGAAAAGGUGACUCUGAAUAAGGACCAGUUACUAUUGGAUGAUCAGGACUGUGUUGAGAAGAUGUCACCUGUCAAAGAGCAUGUGUUGAAUGAGGAGCAGAGCUUUUGUGCCCCAGUUGAAGGAGUUAAGGAGGUCUGCAGACAUGUUGUGGUCACUUCAGCAAUAUCAAGCAUGGAUAAAUGUGCUGAAUGUGUGGGACCUGUUGCAGCUCUCAAGUGGAUUGGCCUGAGAUGUAAAUUGUGCUCCAGUUUUUGGCAUAAGUCCUGCUAUCUGAAGCGUCAUGAAUGGGAUGGAAGACGGUCAUCGUGUAUGAGAUCAACAUGACAGAUACUGAUGACAGUGAUGCUGAAGAAAGUGAAUCUGAUGAUGAGGCUCUUGCUGGAGCUGCGGGAAACUCCAGUAAUGCUGGUGUUCAGAAGAUGCCCAUUGAGAGCACCACUGAACUUCCUGAAGAGAGUGAGAGUGAGGCAGAAACUGAAAACCCACGGAGAGGGCAGAAGGUGUCCUGGUCAAACGCUGAAGUUACAGCUGUAAUGAAACAUUUUAAGGGCCACAUAGCUAAAGGAAAACUGGCCACACUGACUGAAUGCCAGCAGUGUAAAUCUGCUGAGGAUCCUGUUUUGGUGAGACGCAGUGCACAGAACAUAAGGGAUUUUGUAAGAAAUCGAGGAAUUAGCUUAAAAAGGAAAACCCAAAGCAAGUGAUGUUACAGUACAUUUUGUGUGUUCUUGAUGCCAUUCAAUUAACAUUAGCACUUUGGCUGUUGUUUUUAUUUCCCAUAGUGCAAUACUGUUAUGGCAGCAGUUCAUACGAAUAUCUCCUUGUAGAAAUCGAGGUUGACUGUUAGUUUGUCAAAAAUUACAAAAUUGUGUCAAUUUCUCAUUGAUUUUUGGAUGACCUGUCCCUUAAAGAGAAUUUAACUUCCAGAAUGAAAACUGUCAUCAUGUACUAACCCUCCACUUGAUCCGGACCUGCAUCAGUUUCUUUCUUCUGUUGAACACAAA